AUUAGUCGUGAUGUAGUGUUUGAUGAAAUUGUGAUCCUUUGACAUAUGAAGUGAUUGUUAAAAAAGAAAAGUGGCAAAAAGCCAUGGUAGAAGAAAUUGGUUCUAUUGAAAGGAACCAGACUUGGGAGUUGACAGAUCUUCUAAAAGGGCACAAGACAAUUAGUGUUAAAUGGAUCUACAAGACAAAGCUCAAAGAAAAUGGGGAGCCGCGUGUUUCUGCUUCUGCUUCCCUUCCUCCCCCGACCCUCUGCACCCGACGAGUCCCCCCAACUACCGCCACCCAUUUUCCAGCCGGAAAUCCGGCAAAGCUUGGGGAUUUCUCCCUAUUUUCUUGUCUUAGAACACCUGUUGAACCCAGAAAAUCCCAGAUCUGCGUCUUCCUCCCUCUGCUGUCCGCCGGCUUCAACUUGUGGGUUUGAAAUUUCUGGGCAUUUUUCG